AUGCAAGUGGCAGGGUUGAUCGCUCGGGGUCCCACUCUCGAUCUCGCGUCGCCCAUCCUUACUCGAUGGUGCAGAUAUGGGGGUUGUCGCCUUGUGAUCUAUACGGAUGCGUGUCUGCGGAAUGCCGACAACACAGGGGCAGGGCUCGGCUAUUGACUCGUCGCGACCUGUGCCCAUCACCACUUUUAUUGCUGCCCCCGGCGCACCUUCCAGAGGCUUCAAUUCGCAGAGUCGUUGACGGUCGUCCGAGCCCCUGACAUCGCCACGGAUGAUCUCUUCCGGCGCGUCUUGGUUCAGACCGACUCCGCGCAGGCGGUCUACGCCUCUUCUCACGUGCACGACACAGACUUCAAAUCAUUGCACACACUCACUCUAGCAGCCUACGAGAUCAGUUUUCUUCGCAACUUCGACCUCAAAGUCGCGCACGUGGCUGGCGAGCAGAACGCCAUCGCCCACGACUUAUCUCGCUUCGUACAUCCGCCCUCCAAUCGCGCUUUGGCGCACAUCUCUCCUUCGAUCAUACCAUGCCGUCGCUUGUGGGGUGCCGCUAUGAAGAUCAGCCGAGGCGAGGGUGGAAGACACGUGUUUUUGCCCUCUCAUGGAGCCGGCUCGACCGGCUCAGCCGUUCCCGUCUAUCGAGAAACUGAUCAUCGGCACAGCCGAGAUGUCCUUAUGCGCGCUGGAACCAAAGACUCGCUCUGAUUAUGCGCGAGUGUCUCGCCAGUGGAAUCUGUUCGUUCGUACUACCGCUACGCCUCGUCGCUGUCGACUGUCGUAUUGCUCUGUUGCUUUGUAUACUGGCGGUACCGUGAAAUCGGACCGGUCCCUCAGCGAUUUCAAUGUGCAUACCGGCUGCCAACUCAUUGCAGUUGGAAGGCCUCCAGCGCGACUCCAUCCGCGACCCAUAGGGUAUCCAGAUCCUCCCUGGAGUUCGAAACUGGCCUUGUUUCAUAGUUCGCAUCAUUUCCUAUGGUGCCAGAGCCAAAGACUGGUGGUGGAGGGCCAAAAGCCAUCGCGCGAAUCGGCUCCGAAAACCGGCGCGUCAGCAACGAAGUCGAGGUCGAAAGCUCGGCAGGUGCGUUGGGCUCGGAUACAUCGGACGCGAGUAUUCGUCUUCCCGUCUUGAGUGA